AUGGAGGAAGAGUGUGGUAAUACUAACAGAGCGAGUAUUAUUUGUAAAGCUUUGAACUUAGUUAGAGUUGAAGAAAGAAGAAACAUCAUGUCAAAUAGAUUGGUUGAGGGGGAACAGGAAGUUGUUGUUCAAAAUAAGAGGCAAAAUAAGAGAGCAUACAAAAUAUUGAUAGACAAAUUGAUUGUCAGUCAGGUUCUUGUUGAUGAUUUAACCAAAUGA